GUGCGAUGUCACAUGUGCUGUUAGUUGAAAGUGUAUGCUGGUCUAUUAAUAGUCUCGGAAUGUAAGUAAUGUUUUGUGUCUGAGAGCUGAUCUAAAUACAAGUUUCAAAGCAAGGCUGUCUACUUAUUAACAAAUCUGGAACAUUAAUUCAGGGAAAUUUUACUGAAACCACCACAGAAAGGCCUUUUCAUUCUCCUGCUGUGUUUGCACCUUUGACCACCAGCAAAGAAGGCGUAAAGAGGAAAAUUCAAUGCUAUUAACCCUGGAAAGGACUCUGGACAUCAUUAACCCUGGAAGUCAGCAUGAAUGAACCUACAGUUCUUCACAACUCAUUUCAGUUCAAAGAAAUGGACCUGUCUCACCAAUUACUGAAACAGCUUAAUAGACUGCGUCGUGAAGAGACCUUGACUGAUGUAAUUCUCUGUGCUGGGGGGAAAGAACUGCCUUGUCACCGAAGUGUCCUGGCGUCUAGUAGUCCCUACUUCUGGGCUAUGUUUUGUCACAACUUCAAAGAAAGUUUUCUCAGGCGGGUCCAUCUUUUGGGGAUCGAUGGGGACAUUCUGGCUCUGCUUGUGGAUUAUGUGUAUACAGGGGAGAUUACCGUAAAUGCGGCAAACGUUUUCUAUUUGAUGGAAGCGGCUGCCGUUUACCAGUACCCCAAAGUAUUUGAGGCUUGCUCGACAUACUUGCAAGGUCAGUUAACUGCUGACAACUGCCUUGGCAUGGUAAGGCUUGCGCAGGUGUUCAACUGCAGGAGUCUGGAGAGGCAGGCGAAGAAAAUGGCUCUGGAGCACUUCCUGGAGGUGGCAACCACGGAGGAGCUCAAGGAGCUCUCCUGCACUGAGCUCGCGGGCUACCUCGGGGACGAUGAGCUCCGUGCCGAAGAAGAGCAGGUGUUUGACACCCUGUCUGCCUGGAUCCGUCACGACCCAGAGACCCGGCAGCGCCACACACACGAGCUCCUCGAGAAGGUGCGACUCCAGUACGUGCACCCCACCUACCUCUUCCACUUCAUCGCCAACAACCCCUUCAUCCAAGGUUCACCUGUUUGCAGGGGCAUUUUGGAGUCAGCCGUCAGGUUACUCUUUUCUCUGAGCCCUGCAAACAGCCCCAACAGUACACCCUUGGUGCACUUACCACGUAGGUGUGCUUCCCAGGAGUUCCUUGUCACCAUUGGAGGUAGGAAGAGCAACCAAGGGACCACGAGAGAGGUUUUCUUGUAUAAUUAUAUGGACCAGAACUGGCACACCCUCUCAAAGCUUCCUGUACACCUUUAUAAAGGUUCUUGCGUUUGCUUACACAGGAACGUAUACGUCCUCGGGGGACUGAUCAUUAGCAACGGGAAGAGAACUGCGAGUGCAAGAGUUUAUAGUUUCUCCUUUAAGAUGAACCACUGGCGGACCGAGAAAGACAUGCCUUUCCCCUGUUAUUCCCAUCAGACCCUCGCGCAUGUGAACUAUAUUUUCUCCCUAGGAGGGAUCGGGCCCAGUCAGGAGAUACUGGACACAUUGCACAGGUAUGACAGCGUUUUUGGAAUCUGGGAAAGAAUGGCUCCCAUGCCUGUUGCUGUGCUGCACCCAGCUACUGCGGCUGUCAACCAACGCCUCUACGUUUUCGGUGGGGAAGAUGCGGUCCAGAAUGCUGCUCGCCUGAUACAGGUUUACAAUAUAUCUCGGAACAUCUGGUUCAGAAUGGAGACAAGAAUGGUUAAGAACGUCUGUGGCCCUGCAGCUGUGGUUGGGGACAGGAUCAUUGUCAUAGGAGGAUACACGAGGAGAACGAUUGCCUUUGACACAAAGAGCAGCCAGUUUAUAAAAUGUGCUGAUCUGAAAGAGAGGAAGAUGCAUCACGGAGCCACAGUUGUAAACAAUAAAGUGUAUGUUACUGGAGGCCGAUACAUCACUUCAGACCACACCAUCGAAGACAGUGAUGCCUUUGACUGCUAUGACCCAGAGACAGAUAGCUGGACAUCUAAAGGAAGCCUCCCACACAAGCUCUUUGACCACGGAUGUCUAACACUGCAAAGCAUUUCCUACAAACCCAACACACUGUAAGUUUUGUAGCAGAGCAUCACAGCAAUUGUUUCAGGCAGGAGAAGUCCAUUCCACUUGACCAUGUGUGAAUCCCAUGUGUUGAUAUGGGUUUGUCACCUUCCUCCUGAAACCCAAUUUAACUUCUUCUUCCCCUGACGUAUCAGGAAGUGAGUUCACUUUCUUACCACACUUCAUGCAAAACGAUCGAUCUCCUUCACUUCUAGCUCUCCCUGUCAAUUAUCUACUGUCACUACUUAAGUUCUGACCAUGGAAGAAAGGAUUAAUCGGUGAAGAAUGUGUUAACUGCUAAGGCUCAACAAGGGUAUUAAAACACACAGAAAAUGCUGGUGGAACUCAGCAGGCCAGGCAGCAUCUGUGGAAAAAAGUACAGUCGAUGUUUCAGGCCUGCUGAGUUCCUCCAGCAUCUUGUGUUUGUUGCUCGGUUUUCCAGCAUCUGCAGAUUUUCUCUUGUUAAGGGAAUUGCAUUACAGUUCCUUUGACUGUAAACAGUAAUCUGCAAUUGCUUUUCUCCUGCUGCAUGUAUUGAGAUACUGUGAAAAGCUUUAUUUUGCAUCCUGCAUGCCAUUGUCGUGGAGUUUCAGAUUUGUGAGUCACUGGGAACUCUUCUGGGGCAGGUAUGACCUGAACAGGUUACAUGUGAACUCAAGGGGGACCAACAUCCUUGCAGGCAAGUUUUCUGGAGCUGUUAGCGUUACGUAUUCAUGUACGUUUUGACCCUUAUGGGUUGCUGUCAAGCUUCCCUGUGUGUUAUGCACUGAACAUAGUGUGAGAGGGCAUUCUGAGUAGAUGCAAAAUAAACAGCAGCACAUUUGU